AUGCGUCUGUUUGAUCAUUUCACCCGAGAGGCAGCCCCUGAGUCACACGGCAUCCACAACCGGCCUGAGCUGGCUGUCCCCGUGGACUGGGAGAAGAGGGCCUGUGCCCAGAAAGCCCUCAGUGACUGUGUGGCUUUGACUGCAGGCUUGUUCUGGGAUGUUUCUGCCAUGGGUUUUCAGGGCUGGUUUGGUCCAUGCUCCUUGUCCAACCUGACACCUUCAUUAAAGAACAUUCACACAGCCAGCGUUGGUAACUGUGUAGGAUGUCUGUGCCAAGCAGUCAGGGUGGUGACAGAUGGGCUCCUUCUAGCCUGGAACCUCUUGACUACUAACGGGUAUGACUGUGUGACCAUGCACGAAUAUUCCGCUGAGCAGACACAGCAGGCGCUGCACCAGUCCGUCUUCAUGUCCUCCAUGUCGGCCCACCCCUUCCGGGACCUUCCACUCGGCAGGGAGCAGCACUGCAAGUUGCUUCCAGGCGUGGCCAACAUCCAGGCAGGCGAGGUGGCCCGGUGGACAGUGGAUGAGGUGGCUGAGUUUGUACAGUCUCUUCUGGGCUGUGAAGAACACGCCAAGUGCUUCAAGAAAGAGCAGAUCGAUGGCAAAGCCUUCCUGCUUCUGACACAGACGGACAUCGUCAAGGUGAUGAAGAUCAAGCUGGGUCCAGCACUGAAAAUUUACAAUUCUAUCCUCAUGUUCAGGAAUUCCCAGGACCUCACUGAAGAAGAUUCUCUCUCAGGCCAAGAAGCCAGAGGAUAAACACACCGCCUGAACCGGCCAGGGCACCAGGACCUGUUCUCCCAGCAAUAAGAUUGGCCUACGUUAAUUUGAUUUUAAUAUCCCCACGGUCAUAUCCAUAUUUAGUUUGGACCUUUUAAAGUGGUCGUGGUUGAGAUGUUCAGAGGGUUUUGACGGCUGAGCCAAUGCCAAGGACGCAGAGGCCCACGUGUGGUUUAGGAACAUCUUUAUCGUCUGUGGGGUCCUUUCAGCUCCGAUGCGGUGCAACGAACAGACCAAAGAAGCCCACGCAUACACAUUUCAGCUUUCUCCUUCACCAUUUCCCAUUUUUCAAGCAUGAAACUCUCAAGUGGUAAAAUAUGAAGAAAAAUAGCAUUCCCAAUACACUGUUAAUAUUCUCACCAGAACAUCUGAGCUUGGCCCAGAUUUGCCAUCUGGGUGCAGUGAGUCUAAGAGGUAGAGGCCUGGUGCUUUAAAAAGACUUCAUGUGGGAUUUUUGUGUACUUUACUCAGGAAAGUGUGAAUCUUUAAAAAAAUAAUAAUAAUAAUAAGCACAUGUUUUCACGAUUCAUUAAUUCUCCUUUUUGUCCCAUGAAUCAUUUCUUGUUGGCACUCCCAGUGUCUCCCGCAACGAGCCCAGGAGCACCAGAACACUCAGCCUGGGCAUUUAGCGGAAGCUGAUCAGACCAUCCCAAGGACUGCUAGCUAGUGCCUGCUAGCAGUGCGUGGCAGGCUCUCUUUGGGGGCACAGGGACACCCGCCCUGCCCCUGACACAGGCUCGUGGGCCAGCUACCCUCCUGCCCCAAACCCUCCUGGCUUCCACUCCGAGGAGGCCUCAGGAGGAUUGGCCCCGUGCUCUCUCUGAGCAGGUGUGCAGCUGGGUUAUAUCUUUGUAGAGUCACAGCACUGAAAGGCAACAUCUCUAAAGUAGGGAGCUUGGUAGCUGUGAGUCGUUUGAACAAUUCUGAUUUCUGGUCAGACCUGACUUGUUUCGUGCGAAGUGACUAUCUCUGAGACUCCAGCAACUUCGAAAGACAGACACCAACUUUCCUACACCCACAGUCAGCUGCAUAUGCCCCCGUGGAACUGGAGGUCCAUUGUUUCCUGGGGGGUGGGAGGAGGAGACAAGAAACAGACCACAUCCAUUUGCCUCUUUAAGAAUCUCACAGUUGAAGAAAGUUGAUUCAGCUUGGAGAUUCUCAAACUGUAGCGCACUGAAGAAAAAAAAAUUCUUCUGUAAGAGGUGUGCACACGUGACAUUUUUCAGACCUUCACCUAAAUGGAAUUUUAAUAUAUUAUUAGUUCAUGUCAAUUUUUGUUUUCUAUGGA